AUGACAAUGAAGACUGGUAUCUUCACUAUUACCGCGCUCUCUUUUCUAGGAGUAACAGAGGCCCUCCCGAGACCCUACCGACCUCAAAAUGCCAAGCGCGCGACCUUGACUAAAUAUGUCAUUGUUGAUGUGCCUGGGGUCGUCGUUUGGGUCAACCAGAAUGGGAAACCUAUUAAAACUGAGACCAAAGGCCUGGUGUCUACUUACACGGCUCCGCUGUCCACUGUCACGCAACACCUCCACUCGCCCAAGGGUCUAGCAACCAAAAAUGUCCAACUUCCAGUUUCACCACUGCCUCCACUUCCACUUCCACCACCACCUUCAGCUGCUGCUCCCACACCUCCUGGAGGCAAAUCUAACGUUGUUGACUUACCCAACUUGCCUCCACUUCCUUCGCCCAGUAAACCUUCACUUCCACUCCCUCUACCACCACCACUAUCAUCUCCGAAGGACCCCGCGGCCCCUAACUUACCACGAAAGGAUUGGGAGGUCCCCAAAAUCGUAGCUGCCGCUAAGAAGCACAACAAGAAACUGUUCGCCGGCAUCUUUGACAUCAACGAUCUCGACAACGGUUUACACACUUUGAUUGAGGGCGCCAAAUCCGCCUGGCCAAUCAUCACUACAGUCUCUAUCGGCAAUGAACUUGUAAACAACGGCCAAGCCUCUGCCGAUGCGGUCGUCAAAGCAGUAAACACCGCCCGCUCGAAACUGCGCGGAGCGGGUUACAAAGGCCCUGUCGUCACUGUUGACACUUUCGUCGCGCUUAUCGACCACCCAGAACUCUGCAAAGCCUCCGAUUACUGUGCUGCGAACUGCCAUGCCUUCUUCGACCCCAAUAUCGACGCGUCUCGUGCGGGGGAGUUUGUCAAGGACCAGAUGAAGCGUGUGUCUGCUGCUGCAGGAGGGGGAAAGAUGACUAUUAUUACGGAAUCCGGCUGGCCGAAAUCCGGACAAUCGAAUGGGAAGGCAGUGCCGUCCAAGAAGAACCAGCAGCUGGCGCUGCAGAGUUUGAACAACGCAUUUGCGAAUGAUGAUGAUGCUGGAUUGUUUUUGUUUUCUGCUUUUGAUGAUCCGUGGAAGAAGGAUAUUGCGGGAACAUUUGGAUCGGAGAAGUUCUGGGGGAUUUUGUGA